AUGGCGGACCUGGCAAGCCGCAUUACCAGGCCGGACGGCGCCGCGGCAGACACGCCUGCUGCAGCCGCCCCGGUCGAGGAUACUCCCGUCGACACCGCUGGUCCUGGCCUCAUUGAGUCUACCUACGACGUCGAAGUCAAGCUCAGCGAACUGGGUUCGCUGACUGACAACCCGCUGUCGUCUGUCUCAUCCUUUGAGGAGCUGGGACUGAAGAAGUCCAUUAUCGACGGCCUGUUCGCCCUCAAUUUCAAGAAACCGUCCAAGAUUCAGGAACGCGCUCUGCCGCUUCUCCUCGCAGACCCGCCAUGCAACAUGAUUGCCCAGUCGCAAUCGGGUACGGGCAAGACGGCCGCUUUUGUCGUUACACUACUGUCACGUGUUGAUUUCAGCCAGCCGACGACGCCGCAAGCCCUGGCUCUGGCGCCCAGCCGUGAGCUCGCCCGGCAGAUAGAGUCGGUGAUUAACCAGAUUGGUCAGUUCUGCGAGGGCCUGAAUGUGGCUGCUGCGAUUCCUGGCGCUGUGGAACGCGGUGCCGCUGUGCAGGCCAAUGUCGUCGUGGGCACGCCUGGGACCGUCAUGGACCUCAUGCGGCGCAAGCAGCUGGAUGUGUCGCAGCUGAAGCUCCUUGUUAUUGACGAGGCGGACAACAUGCUUGACCAGCAGGGGCUCGGCGAGCAGUGCGUGCGCGUUCGUGAGAAACUUCCGCGUUCCAUCCAGGUGUUGCUGUUCUCGGCCACUUUCCCCGAAAAAGUUAUGCGCUAUGCGGAGAAGUUUGCACCGAACGCCAACCAGAUGCGCCUGCGCCAGCAGGAGCUGACUGUGCGGGGUAUCUCACAGAUGUACAUGGACUGCCCCUCUGAGACGGAGAAGUACGAUGUGCUGUGUAAGCUGUACGGCCUGAUGACGAUCGGCUCGUCGGUCAUCUUUGUCAAGACGCGCCAGAGUGCCAACGAGAUCCAGCAACGCAUGGAAGCCGAUGGCCACCGCAUUGCUGCGCUGCAUGGCGCGUACGAGGGCGAGAGCCGUGAUACGCUGCUCAACGACUUCCGCACGGGCAAGUCCAAGGUGCUUAUUACCACAAACGUGUUGGCGCGUGGCAUUGACGUGUCGAGUGUGUCGAUGGUGAUUAACUACGACAUCCCGAUGAAGGGAAUGGGCGACCGUGAGCCGGAUGCUGAGACGUACCUGCAUCGCAUUGGCCGGACGGGUCGCUUCGGCCGUGUCGGCGUCAGUAUCAGUUUCGUGCACGACCGGAAGAGCUUCACGGCGCUGGCGGACAUUGCCAACCACUACGGCAUUGACUUAAUCCAGCUGAGUCCUGACGACUGGGAGGAAACAGAGAAGAAGAUUCGCCACAUUCUGAAGUCGGCUCGUGCCCAACCCGAGUACAAGCCCACAUCUGCCGAAGCUGCUGCUUCCGCCGCGCAGGGACCUUAG